AUGAAACAUUUUUUAUCAACAACACUUUUUUUCUUCAUUGCAUUCGCGUUAUUCAUUGAAAUUUCUUCUUUUGACUCAUCAUCAGAGGACGAAUCCCGCAACGAACUUGACUGGAUUUUCCCUCCGUGGAAAAAAUACACGCCCGAUUGGAAGAGUUUGGAUUCUCGCCCUCUCCCGAAAUGGUAUGACGAAGCAAAAGUUGGAAUUUUCAUCCAUUGGGGAGUCUAUUCCGUGCCAAGUUACGGCUCCGAAUGGUUCUGGUGGUACUGGAAAGGCGCCAAAAAAUCCGAUUACGUGAGUUUUAUGGAAAAUAAUUACAAACCUGGGUUCACGUAUCAAGAAUUCGCGCGAGAUUUCACCGCGGAACUUUUUAAUCCGAACGAAUGGGCGAAAAUUUUCAACGAUUCCGGAGCGAAAUACAUCGUUUUGACAAGUAAACAUCACGAGGGCUUCACCUUAUGGCCUAGCAGGUAUUCGUUCAGCUGGAAUGCGAUGGAAGUUGGACCUCACCGAGAUCUCGUUGGAGAAUUGAGAGAAGCGAUAACGAGCGAUACCGGUAUUCAUUUUGGACUUUAUCACUCACUUUUUGAGUGGUUCAACCCCGUUCACGAGGCAGAUAAGCAAAAUAAUUUUACGACACAAGAAUUCGUGUGGAACAAAGUUUGGCCCGAGAUGAAAGAGCUCGUAGAAAAAUACAAACCUGAAGUUUUUUGGUCUGACGGUGAUGGCGGCACGACACCCGAAUAUUGGAAUUCCACAGAUUUCUUGGCGUGGCUUUAUAACGAAAGUCCUGUGAGGAAAACAGUUGUCACAAAUGAUCGCUGGGGCGACGGAACUGCCGGAAAACACGGAGAUUUCUUCAAUUUCGCCGACAGAUUCAAUCCGGGACAUCUUUUGACGCAUAAAUGGGAAAAUGCCUUCACCAUUGAUCGUCGUAGCUGGGGACAUCGUGACGAAGCCAAGUACGAAGACUUUAUGACGCCUGAAGAAAUCAUCCAUGAAAUUGUUUCAACGGUGAGUUGCAAUGGAAAUGUCUUAAUAAAUGUGGGUCCAACGCGUUUUGGGACUAUUGAACCAAUUUUCGUCGAAAGAUUUACCCAAAUGGGACGCUGGUUGAGACGUAAUGGAGAAGCAAUUUACAAAACGAAGCCUUGGAUCCAUCAAAAUGACACUUUGAGUGGUAAUGUUUGGUACACUGCCAGCAAAAAAGUUCAAAAAGACCCCGAGAGUGGAAAUAAGACUCAAUUCAUCUACGCCACAGUCUUAAAAUAUCCAUAUGAAACGAAUUUCGUUGAGCUCGGAGCUUUAAAUGAAGAAAUUUUCAACGAAAAAGUACCUGUUGAACUUUUAGGAUACCCCGAAGAGAUAAAAAUUGUCCAAUCGAAAAAGGGAUUUUUCAUCAAAUUCCCAUAUAAGCACUUAAUCGACCAUUAUGGGCUUGAAUACGCUUGGACAUUCAAAAUUAAUGUUUUCGUCAAGUAAACGAACCAAACAUUCAAAAAUUUCGUCAACAAAAUUUUGAGGAGUACUAAAAUGUGGUCCCAAGCCAAAUUCCAUUAACGAGGGAAAAAAAUUCAAAUAAAUUCAA